GCGCUGUGUGUGUUUGUGUGUGUGUGUAUGGGUGUGUAUCUGUAAGCAGCCGGGUGGUCAGCAUAGAGGAGCACAUGUGAAUUCUUCUACUUUCAGCAUCCUUUUUCUUCACUUUCCUGCACUCAAACUCUGGAAAUACAUUAAAUGGGAUUUACAGAGUCACUACCCUACGCAAUCGAAAAGGUAAGUUUUAAAUUUAUUGAUUACAUUAUAUUAUACUGGAUUAUUACAGAACAUAUUACAGCUCACGCUCAGUGGCAAGGAGGUGACAUGAGGUUGCCCAUUGGCCCACUUUGGGCACAGUCCUUCACAUCUUCAGUGUGAUUGCUCAGGCUGAUCUUGGGGUUUUCCCCUGGUGCAGGAUGAUGCCGACCAUGAGCUCGCACAUACCGGUACCUCAGCCUUCAUACACCCAGGCCAGGGAGAACUUGGUGAAGGCUAUCCCACCCAAGCUCCUCUGUUUGCUGGGCUGUGGAGGAAUAGACUGCCGCUAUGAAGGACCAGAGUGCUGGAAUCUAAAUCAACAGGUCAUUCGUGGUCUUUUCUCCUCCUGGGUGACAGAUGACAUUAUUGCCAUGACACGACCAUCCAAUCAUCUGAUUGAGAAGUACAACAUCAUAGAACAGUUUCACAGGUUGAACAUCAGAUCUAUCAUCAACAUGCAGGUGCACGGAGAGCAUGCUCACUGUGGACCACCCCUAGACCCUGAGAGUGGUUUCACAUACUCUCCGCAGAUCUUCAUGGACAAUGACAUCUACUUUUACAACUUUGGGAUGCCAGAUUUCGGUGUGUCGUCUCUCGUCGGUAUAAUUGAUGGGGUGAAGGUUUUGGCCUUUGCAGUGAAGGAAGGAAGAGUGGCUGUGCACUGCCACGCAGGCCUCGGCAGGACAGGUGUCCUGAUAGCCUGUUACUUGAUCUACACCCUGCGCAUCAGCCCAAGUGAGGCCGUCCACUAUGUGCGCGUUAAACGGCCUCGCUCUAUUCAAACCCGGGCACAGAUCAGCCAGGUGUUUGACUUUGCUCGCCUGCUUGGUACACAGCUGGUCCAAUACCCAGACCUCAGCCUGCGGCAUGGAACCCCUUUUACCCUGCAGCACUACCUUAACCGACAGACUCUACUGCUGCAUGGCCAGGAGGCACGCACCCUCAGACAUACACCCAAGGUGGUGUACCUUCUGUGUAUGCGUCUCUCCUGCUUAGCCCUGGGCCUCCCUGCUCCUCCAGAGGUCCACGAUGAACUGGAGAAGAGGUCAGCACUGAGGACCCUGAGCACAACUGUGAGGGAGACCCUGGUGGCCAAACACUACUUGCCCCUACUAAGGGAGGGUCGUAAGGGCUCGUGGGUAGGUUCGGGGUCAGUAUCCUCCUGGGAAGAGCCACUGGGAUUUUUGGAGAGGAAGAGAGAGGUGCUGAUGGACAAACGCAGCUACAGCGACUCUGACCUCAGCAAGAUCACAGUAAAUGAUCUGGAGUUCAGUCCAUACUGCACCCCAGCAGUUGGAAAUGAGAGAAACUGGUGUGUACAGGAUCUGAUGCGACCUGAUCUGAGGCCAGUCAGUUCAAUCCUUGCCACACUUUCACCAGGCCACCAGACCACCAAAAACGAAUAUUAUACAUUCAACAUCCCAAUAUCUGGCAUGAGGACAGGCAACAACCGUGCAAAGAGGUCCAAGUGCCCAGCUAAAAAGCCACUUCCCAAAUACAGCUCCAACAUUGAGUUGUGCAGAAAUCCACAUAAUCCAGGCCCAACCUCAGUCGCCCGUGCUGUUGCUAAGGCAAUGGCAGACCAAGGUCCUCCAGGAGAAACCAUUCUGCAAAGGUCGGCACUGCUGCAGGAGGAGCUGAACAGUAGCGAGUGUGGCUGGGCUCUGCUGGUCACAGAGUCAGAUCCUCAUGUCCUCAGUUGUCUGUUGUGGACCUGGCUGGACAAGUUAAGGGAGCCUGUUCUGAGUGUAGAGGAUGUAGACAGGUUGAGUUGUGGAGCAAACAGCAGGAUGCCUCUCAGUGUGCUCAGGAAGCCACAGAGACACACCAUCUAUUGUCUGCUAAGAUGUGUGAGUACGGUGACUAGCCUGUGUCCGCACAGAGAGGACGCAGUGCUGCAACGACUGAUGCAGAAGCUUACAAGGUGCCCCCAAGAGGAAAUGGGAAGCCUUGCAGCUUUGAUGAAGGUCCUGAAAACUAGUUUGAGAGAAGUCUUUCACAACUACAGAUACCUCUCGAGGUCCUGCAGCACCAAUGCUACACUUUGAAGAGCGGCGUCCACAACAGCGGAACAGCAGCAGCUUUUUUAUUUUAAAAGAUGUGGUAUUUGGGCACCUGACUUUGGGCAAAAUCAAGAGGUGUAAAGGGCAUUUUUCACAGAAGACAUUUUGACAAGUCGUAGUGGGAAAAGCGCAGGUGUAAAAGAUAAAAUUAACAAUAGCUAAAUUCCAUUUAGUUGUUUCAGUUUCACUGUCCUGGUAUUGUGCAUGUUGGCUCACUGUCACACUGUCAUGGCUUACUGGGACACUAGAAUAGAACAGAGCCAUUGUUAAUGUUAUCAGUAACACCUUUUUGCUUAUUUGCUUUUCCAACGAUGCCAUAUUCAAAUGUCUGCUGUGAAAAAGGGCCCUAAGUGAGAUUUGGCUUCUGGAGUCCACAUCCACAUCUUACCUUCCUCUUUACAAAAUAUCACACAUCUUAAAAUGGAUUAAUUUGAUUCGUCAGAACACCUCCACAUCAUAUUUGAAUUGAUGUUUCGUUGAAACCACAAUUAAAUUUUGUUUAAUAAAAAAAGGGUGGGAUCGUAGGUCUAAUUCACUUACUUCAAUAAUGACAUUGAUACAAUGUUAACUGUAGGCUAAUACAUUUUCUUUUAUGUCUACUUUCAGUAGUAUGUAAGAUACUGUAUUUUAGUAUUAGCAGAUUA